AAAACAAGAAAAUAAAAAAACACAUGAAGUAUGAUAGAAUAAGCUGGCAUAAAUAAUUCACAAUAUUCCACAUAAAAAUAAUGGAGGGUGGAAGUGGUGAGAUCCAGCAUCCACAAAUUUGUUCAACACUUUUUGAUGAAUCCCCUUUCUAGCUUUUAGCAAAACUCUGGUGAUUGUUUCGAAUUUCCUAUUAAUAAUCUUGCAUUUCUAUGUCUUUUUCACUUGAUGAAGAUGUGCUUGAUUCAAGAACUACUAGUACUAGUACUAGCCCUUAUCCAAAAUCCAAGCUUGUAAAUCUCAUCAAACACCAUGUUUAUCACACUUCUAAUACUAUGAUGAUUGGCCUUAAGCUCAAAGAUCGAUGCAAGACAACCCAGGUUCAUGCCCUCAACAACCCCUCUGAAUCCAACACUACAGUAAAGUCAAAUCCUUUGCUUACAAUUAACUCUAUUUUAUCAAACACUUGUGAAGAACAAGUCAAGAUUCCAUCUUUAGCUGAUACUAGUGAGAUUUUGGGUCAUGGGUUUCCAAGAACUGAUCUUCUUGAGCCACCCAUUGAGUUUUGUCUCAAGAGUGUUGAUUUUGUUCCUACAAUUGCUGAGCUUUAUAGGAGGAUUGAGAGUUCUUGUGAAUCCAGCAAGUGUUUGAUGUUUGUUGAGCAGUAUGCUUUGUUGUGUAGUUUGGGUGAUUCGAAAUUGCUCCGGAGGUGUCUUCAGUCUGCUAGGCAACAUGCGGUUGAUCCGAUAUCGAAAGUUGUGUUAUCAGCUUGGUUGAGGUAUGAGAGAAGAGAAGAUGAGCUUGUGGGUGUUUCGGGUUUGGAUUGUGUUGGUCGAGUGCUUGAAUGCCCGAAAGCUGCUCUUGUUGAUGGGUAUGAUCCUAAUUUAGCAUUUGAUCAUUGUAAAUGUAAUGAAAUGUGUGAUGAGAUGUUGAAGUUUCAUUGUACAAGUAAUGGUGAGUGCUCGACUUCGGAAGAGGUUGAAAAUGUUUGCUUUUGCAUUGAAAAUGUGGAUAUUUAUUGUGUUAGGGAAAAAAUUGCUAAUUUGUCCACCCCACUUAAAGUAAUGUUGUAUGGUUUAUUUGCGGAGUCGAGAAAAGAUAAGAUUGAUUUUUCGUACAUAGGAAUAUCGGCAGAUGGAAUGUCAGCUGUAGAAUUGUUUAGCAGGACAAGAAGAUUUGGUUGUUCUUCUCCAAAAGUAGUUUUGGAAGUCCUUUCUUUUGCUAAUAGAUUCUGUUGUGAGGAGAUGAAGUCUGCUUGCGAUGUUUAUUUAGCUUCAUUUGUUUCUAGUUUAGAAGACGCAUUAGUUCUUAUAGAUUAUGGUAUUGAGGAAGAGGCAAAUCUUCUUUUGGCUUCUUGUUUGCAAGUUUUGCUAAGAGAGCUUCCAACUUCUUUGAAUAAUACAAAAGUCAUGGGCAUAUUUUGUAGUACAGAGGCUAGAGAGAGACUAGCAGUGGUGGGGAAUGCAUCCUUUUUGUUGUAUUAUUUUCUUAGUCAGGUGGCUAUAGAGGAGAAGACGACAUCCAAUGUGAAAGUAUUGUUGCUGGAGAAUUUAAGAGCAUGUGCAGUGGAAAGAUGGCAGAAGGCGCUUGCAUUGCAUCAACUAGGCUGUGUAUUGCUGGAAAGAAAUGAGUAUGAAGAUGCUGAGUGGUACUUCGACGCAGCAGCUGAGAAUGGUCAUGUUUAUUCUUUAGCUGGUGUUGCUAGGAUCAAGUAUAAGCAAGGGCAAAGAUUUUCCGCAUUUGAGAUUCUUAACAUGCUUAUUUCUGAUUAUGGAGCGAUUGGUUGGAUGUAUCAGGAGCGAUCUUUGUAUAGCGUGGGAAGAAAGAAAAUUUUGGAUUUAAAUGAAGCUAGUAAAUUGGAUCCGACACUUUCUUUUCCUUACAAGUAUAGGGCUGUUGCAAUGGCAGAAGAAAACGAAUUUGAGGAUGCUAUAUUAGAGAUUAACAAAAUUAUCAGAUUUAAGCUCUCUCCAGAUUGCCUAGAACUACGAGCUUGGUUUUUCAUGGCUCUCAAGGAUUAUGACUCUGCUCUAAGGGACACUAGAGCACUGUUAACAUUAGAGCCUGAUUACAAAUUAUUUCAUGGAAAAAUGAGAGGUGAUCACUUGGUUGAUCUCCUUAAUCAACUUGUACAACAAUGGAGUCCGGCAGAUUGUUGGUUACAACUAUAUGACCGAUGGUCUUCCAUUGAUGAUAUUGGAUCUCUGGCUGUCAUACAUCAGAUGCUACUAAAUGACCCUGGAAAGAGCCUGUUACUCUUUCGGCAAUCUUUGCUUCUAUUAAGGUUAAACUGUCAGAAGGCUGCAAUGCGCAGUCUGCGGUUAGCUCGUAAUCACUCGACCUCUGAUUAUGAAAGACUUGUAUAUGAAGGAUGGAUUCUGUAUGACACUGGCCAUCGUGAAGAAGCUCUCUCCAAAGCUGAGAAGUCUAUAUCUAUUCAGAGGUCAUUUGAAGCUUUUUUCCUAAAGGCAUACACACUGGCUGAUACAACUCUCGAUCCUGAUGCUUCAUCUUAUGUCAUUCAACUAUUGAAGGAUGCUCUAGGAUGUCCGUCAGAUGGUCUUCGGAAGGGACAAGCAUUGAACAACCUUGGAAGUAUAUAUGUGGAUUGUGGUAAGUUGGAUCUUGCUGCUGAUUGCUACAUAAAUGCUCUUGACAUUAAACAUACAAGAGCACAUCAAGGGUUGGCACGUGUUUAUUAUCUUAAAAAUGAAAAGAAAGCCGCUUUUGAGGAAAUGACGAAGCUGAUCGACAAGGCACCAAACAAUGCAUCAGCAUAUGAGAAACGAUCAGAGUAUGGCGAACGUGAUAUGGCCAACAAUGAUCUCAGUACUGCUACGCAGUUGGAUCCUUUAAGGACUUACCCCUACAGAUAUAGGGCAGCAGUACUGAUGGAUGACCAGAGAGAAUUUGAGGCAGUGGAUGAACUUAAUAAAGCUAUAUCUUUCAAGCCCGACUUGCAAAUGCUCCAUCUCCGAUCGGCAUUCCAUGAGUCAAUGGGCGAUGUUGUUACUGCGCUUAUAGAUUGUGAGGCGGCAUUAUGUUUGGAUCCCAACCACAAGGAUACUCUUGAUCUGUAUAGUCGAACACGAGGGGAAGUUAACCAUCUGCAGAAGUGAAGUCACAGACACACUGUAACGACAUUCCUUAAGCCAAUCUGUACAGAACUGUUUGGACUCUACCUGCCUAUGUUUUCUGAAGAGCAUCCAGAUGAGCAUGGAUUGGGACAGUGCUGCUUAAGGAAAGUGAAAAAUUGUAUAUAUGCUUAAUGUUGCUGGUGAUCCUUAAAGCAACAGGUUAGGCACUUCUAUGACAGUUCAGAACAAAUUACAUGAAUACAUCAACAGUAAAUUGUUGGCUCAGGAUUUCGCAGUUAAAAGAUUAUUGUUCUUUUACCUUUAUUCCAUUGUAUCCUGAGAAUGAAGGACCACAGAAUUUUUGCUUAAA